UACUUAUCACUUUGCAUACUUAUGUUAAUUGCAGGUCGACCAGCAGCUUUGUAUGAUGAAUUGAGCAUAGACUGGGCGCCAACCAUUAACUUGGGCCACAAGAAGCUAUGUCAAAGCACCCUUCUCAUCAGUCAGCAACGGUUGAGCGAUCAAAACGAAGGCAGUUAGCGGCCAAGACACAUGAACAACAUCAACCGCAGACCAAGGAACCCCAAGACCAAGCAACACUUCUAAACCAAAACAACAAAGGUGUGCAGACAGAGAAACCCUCAUUUAAGAGCGUGAGCACCCAGACUGAUCUUUAUGCCAUAGACAUCAGUGUUCUGGAAGGUCGGGCAGCAGGAAACAGCUCAGAGCUUCAGCGGGCCAUGAAGACAGCGGAAAGAGCAACAAUCAAUGAACAGUACUUCAAAGAUGAUGAUAAAGUGAAGUUUUACACUGGACUUCCGACACUUACAGUUUUGAUGGCAGUCUUCAAUUUUGUAGUACCUAAAAUUCCUCUGGGGAAAAUUCUGACACCAUUUCAGCAACUUGUACUGGUUCUGAUGAAACUGAAGUUAAACCUGAAGCACAAAGAUCUUGCUUUUCGUUUUCAAGUGAGCGAAGCUACAGUGUGCCGCAUAUUUUCUCUGAUGUUGGACAUUCUAUCUACCCAGCUGUCACCACUGAUAACGUUGCCUUCCAGAGAGACCUUGUGGAAAACAAUGCCAAUGGAUUUCAGAAAAGCCUUUGGCAAACAUGUUGCCGUGAUCAUUGAUUGUUUCGAAGUAUUCUGUGUCCGUCCAUGUCCGUCCAAGUGUAGAGGCAAGAGCACAGACAUGGUCGAAUUACAAGCACCACAAUACAGUCAAAUUCUUGAUAGGUAUCACCCCUUCAGGCAUCAUAUCAUAUCUGCUUUCAGCAUGGGGAGGAAGGGGAUCAGACAAAGCCAUCACACUUCAGUCUGACUUCUUGUACAAACUGUUACCCGGUGACUACGUUUUAGCUGAUCGAGGAUUUAACAUUUCUGAUGAGGUCGGAUUCUACUGUGCACAGCUUCUGACGCCAGCCUUCUCAGAAGGCAAGCCCCAACUUUCAGCACUGGAUGUUGAGAGAUCACGGAAAAUUGCUUACCUUCGCAUACAUGUUGAACGUGUCAUCGGAGAACUGAGAGAGACUUACAGCAUUUUGUCUGAAAAAGUUCCAUGGGAAUCCUUAGUUACAUCUGAGAAACAAAAGGUGCCUAAAAUUGAUAAAAUUGCGCAAGUAUGUUGUGCGCUCACCAACUGUCGUGAGUCGGUGGUUCCACUUAACUAAGGCGUAAGUGUACUGCUGCAUAUAAGGCUCAUAAUGUCAUUGGCUUACUUCACAUUCAAAAACCUUGCAAAAGAGUGUACUUUUCAUGCUACUACCUGUUGAAUGCAAAUUCAUAAAUA